GGCUAUAUCGUUUACUCGAUUUUUGUAAAGAUGAUGGAACUAAUGGACGCGUUGACAAGAUAAUCAUUUCUACUGAGUCGUUGAAAAAACUUUGUAACGAUUUAAAGCCAGAUAGCUUCAAGUCGAUUUCUAAUAUCGAUUACGCAGAAUUGAAUCAUACCAAGUUAAAGCUCAUUGGUUGUUAUGGUAACCAUGUAUUAAUCGCGAAGCUUUUAUUAAAGAAUAAUAUUAUUAAUAAACAAAUCUAUAACUACCUUACAUGUUCGGAUUCUUCCGGUGCUGAUCAGGCCCAUGAGGAUAAACCUACUCUUCGUCCUGGAAUUUACCUGCUCAGAGUAAACAUCGACUUAGGUCUAGUGAUUAAUUGGCCUGAACUUGGAUGUUAUGAAGAAAAUGCACCUUCUCAUAAAAAGAAAAAUAUGAUAAAUUUGCACAG